GUACUUCUCUAACCCUUGUGUUGUCCUCAGAUCAAAGAGAAGCUGCUGCAGCUGACGGACAAGAGGAAGGAGAUGAUCGAUAAGUGGGAGGACCGCUGGGAGUGGCUGAGACUGGUGCUCGAGGUGCACCAGUUCUCCCGGGACGCGGGCGUGGCCGAGGCCUGGUUGCUGGGCCAGGAGCCCUACCUGUCCUCCAGGGAGGUGGGCUACAGCGUGGACGAGGUGGAGAAGCUCAUCAAGCGCCACGAAGCCUUCGAGAAGUCUGCUGCCACCUGGGAGGAGAGGUUCUCCGCCCUGGAGAGGCUCACCACG